AUGCGGUACAACAUCGCGCACGACAUGUUCCGGCUAGGAUGUUUCCUUCGAUAAUCUGCCCGGAUAUAAAAUGGGGAAUCCAAGCGAUGUUUAUCUUCACGGCGAGGAUCAACAUCUCAAUUUUGCACCUCCUUCCUUUGCAACUACUUGAGAUAUCGCUCGCCCAUUACCAACCCACCUUGCCUCCCGUCUCAUAGCACGAGAUUCACCCUAGAGGAUCAAUCAUGACCUCCCAAGUCGACCUCUGCAUCGCCAUCUACAACGAAGGCGACUGCCACGAACACUGGGCCCUCUACUUCGAUGACCACCAAUUCGACGACAAAACUCUCUUCAGCGUGAAGCCCUCAUCCCCCGGCCAAUUCUGCCACACCACCGAAACCCGACAUGCCCAGACCCUCCGCGACCAAGACGAAUCAAUCUUCAUUUGCAGCGUAGCAGCAGACCAGGAAAACGACAUUCUGUCUAUUGCGGAGGAGAUAAAAAUCAGGGACGUGGGCAUCGAGGUUUGGACUUCUCAGCAGUAUGUGUUGGAUUUUCUGGAUGUUUUGGAAGCGAAUGGGCUGAUUCCGAUGAGUAUGGAGUAUUUGGGAAGGAGGGAGUAUAUUCGGGGUAGGGUUGCGAGGGCGAGGGUGGAUUAUGCUUUCCGGGGUGACUAGCUGUUCGGUAGAGUCGAAUGGGAGCGGGGAGAUCGUUCGAAAAAAUGGAUGUAGAGUGGUCAUCGUAGCUAUUCGUUUCAAAAUUCAAACCUUGUCCGCCUCGCAAACGGCAUCCUCGCGCUACUGGUUGUGACCGCCUUAUACAUGCCCGAUACAGCCUCGUAACCCAGCCUUGCAGAAAGCCAGAC